CUUCAGAUUAAAAAAGUUCUUGAGAGCUUUUCCUUUUCAGAAAUCAGAAUAGCUCUGAGCUUAACGAAUAACGAUGAUGGCGUCUUCUUCACUUCCCUCGUUCCCAUGCCUAUCCUACUUCAAAAUGCCCAUAGCAGCUCUCACCAAUUCCCCUAGAACAACGAUUCCAUACAACCUGAAAAAGGGGCAAACCCGCCUUUUGCACAAGCUUCCCUCUGGUCUAAAAAUGGAGGUAAUCGAGCAGAGAAAAUCCAAAUCCGAAAGAGAGAAUCCACCAUUGGUGUUUGUACAUGGAAGCUAUCACGCAGCUUGGUGUUGGGCUGAAAAUUGGUUACCUUUCUUCUCUUCUUCUGGGUUUGAUUCUUAUGCUGUUAGUUUAUUAGGUCAGGGUGAAAGUGAUGAACCUUUGGGAACAGUUGCUGGAACACUUCAGACGCACGCAAGUGAUAUUGCAGAUUUUAUAGAAUCGAAUCUUGGCUCUUCACCUCCUGUUCUUGUUGGUCAUUCUUUUGGAGGACUCAUUGUUCAAUAUUACUUGGCAAAUAUUGUAAACAAGCGUUCAUUAGGUACGGAAAAUGCGUUUCCAGAGCUUUCAGGGGCGGUAAUGGUUUGCUCGGUUCCACCUUCCGGUAAUAGGUAACUUGUCACAACCAUUGGCUAUUUCCUAUAUCAGAGAACUUCUUCUUCUUUUAGCUAGCUUAUAUGUAACGUUUGGGAUUCUCUUUCUUUGUUCAGCGGCUUAGUGUUACGUUAUCUCUUUUCUAAACCUGUGGCUGCUUUUAAGGUAAAGCUCUUGUUCUGCCUUUGAUCUUGCUAGGGUCAUGUUUUCAACAAUGUUUGUUCUUGAGUAGGUUACUCUCAGUUUAGCUGCUAAAGGUUUUCAGAAAUCUAUUCCUCUUUGUCGAGAAACAUUCUUCUCUCAAGCCAUGGAUGAUCAACUUGUGAAGCGUUACCAGGAUCUUAUGAGUGAGAGUUCACGAAUACCGUUGUUUGAUUUGAGAAAGCUAAACGCAUCACUUCCAGUACCAAAACCAAUGGAGAAUUCGACCAAGGUUCUUGUUUUAGGUGCCAAAGAUGACUUCAUAGUGGACGAUGAAGGACUGAAGGAAACCGGGAGGUUUUAUGAGGUUGAACCGGUUUGUAUUAAAGGUGUUGCUCAUGACAUGAUGCUUGAUUGUUCAUGGGAGAAAGGUGCUAAGGUUCUUUUGAGUUGGCUAUGUGAUUUAUCUAAACCGGGGAGUUUAUCUGCUUAAUGGACUAUUUGUGUAGAUAGUUGCUUCUCUAUUUUUUUUUUGUUUAGUUAAAAGGAAGAAAAAAGUGAAGUGUUGAUUUAGUUUGCGGAUACUAAAAAGAUGAUCAGUGUUGAAGAAAACAAAUUGUCGAUCUAGUAUCUAGAAAUUAAGAGUCUCAUUUUCUCGAGAAAAUUAAUAACAAUGCAAGAAAAUGCCAAACACAGUCC